AUGGAAAUACCCUCUAUCAUUUAUCUCAUUCUUUUGGCUUCUGGAUUUACUGCGGCACAAGAAAAACAAAUGCUUUGCAGGUCACCUAAUGUAGAACUCUCAUAUUCUUCCUGUGGUUCCAGCACUGAAACACUCGUCUUUGGAGUGGAGCCAUGUAAUCUUAAUGACUUUUCGAAGUGGAAGGGAACUCUAUUCUGGAUUCCAAAGAGAGAUUUAACCUUUCUCAGAACGAUAACAGCCCUGUGGUAUGAACGUAAGAAAGUCUUAGAAUGGAGAAAUGUUCUUUGCACUGGUGAAGAUGAUGAUUAUACAUUUUGUGGAGCACUAAAGGGAGAGACUGUCAACACAACUGUGGGACUCCGUAGUAGAAAAGCAAGCUAUCCAAUGGGAGAAUACAUCGCAAUCUUGAAAGGAUACUCUGGCCAUUCUGAAGCAGAUCUGUUUUUAUGUAUGAAUUUUACAUUAUUUCUUAAAUAGGAGCCUUCCUACAAUUUUGGAUAAGUUGUUCUUCUAAACCAUUUCAUUGCCCAAGAACUACUUUCCAAGACUCCAUGAAAUUCGAACAGUAGAAUCAACUGCUGCCGGGUUUUGUCUUUGCUGGUGGAAUUGUCUGAAAAAUAAAAAGUCUGUUCUUAUGUUAUCAUUGGAAAGUGAUUAAGUCCAUAUGACAUCUUUGUUGAAAUUUACACAGAGACAAACAUAUAUAUAAAUAAAUAAAAUAUGAUCAAAACAGAGGCAGGGUAAUGAAUGAAUGAAUGAUUUUCAGCAUUAUCUUUGUGCUAGCAAC